AUGGCUGCUCCCGUAGCGCACACCCCCAACAGCGACGACAUCCUCGGCUCGCACCGCUUCGUCCAGCCCGGCGCAUCCACCUCGUCCCCCUACUCCGCCGCCGCGCCUACCGCCUCGUCCAUCCUCUCCGGCGCAACCCUCGACCCCGCAGCUCUCCACCCCCUCGCUGGCGUCGUCGACAACAAGGACCUGGACUACCUCCUCCUCGAAGAUGACAAGCUGAGUGCGGUUGCUGGAGGAAAGACCGUCUUGCCCAGUCGAGGAUGGGGAGACGAGUUGUGCUACGGAACAGGGUCCACCUACCUUGCUGGUCUUGGUCUCGGCGGCGCAUGGGGUUUCUGGGAAGGCCUCCGCCGUCCUCUCGCCGCUCCUCGUGCCACCCCCUCCGUCGCCCCCGCAUCCGCCACCGUCGCCGCAACCGCUACCGCACCCACAGCAUCAGCAGUCGGCGCGCAAGCGACUGCCUUCGCGAAGGAGGCCGCGCAGCAGGUUACGGAGUCGGCGAAGCAGGCGGCUGGUGCGGCGGGUCAGGCGGCGCAGAGGGUUUCGGCGAGGCUGAGGUGGAACAACAUUCUCAACCAGGUCACAAGGCGAGGAACGUCGAUGGGCAACUCGGCGGGUGUUUUGGCUCUGAUCUACAACGGCAUCAACUCGACUAUUGACGUCUACCGCGGCCAUGUCCACGAUGUCUACGGCUCAAUGACCGCCGCCGCUCUCACUGGCCUCAUCUGGCGCUCUACGGCCGGCAUCAAGCCCAUGGUCAUCACCUCAGGUCUCUUGACGGCAGGCGCCGCCGGUUGGUCGUGGGUCAAGGUCCAGCUCUUGUGA